ACGGGGCGCGUUCAGCACCUACACGCGCGCUCAUACACACACAUAAACACGCACACGCGCGCACUUGCAGAAACUACACACUUUUAUGUACUCUCCUCUGAAGUUUCGCACGUGUUCACCUCUCUUCCUCUUUAAGAUUCCUCCUGAAGGUCUGCAGGAUGAUCAGGACCCCGAAGACCCCCUGACCAGGAGCUGCUCACAGGAGCCAACCCUAACCAGGAGCCCCCCCCCCCCCCUGACUGCUCUGGACCUUUACCUAACUUUAAUCUUACUCUGUUCAGUGUGUUAUCAUUUUUGGGAAGAUAUGUGGACGCACGUGGACGUUUGUGUUUAUUAUUAUUGUUUAUUGUAGGAGUAAUUGCAUUUGUUGUUCCCUUGUAUAUUUAUUGUCAGUUGUUGUGUUUUUUUGCAGUUGUACAGUUUCUUAUAGUUGUUUGAUGCCAUAAUUGAUGUGGUUUAUUGUUGUUAAUUGUGGUUGUUUAUUGUAGUUGCUUUUUGUUAGUUUUCUUUGUUGUUUGGCUGAUUUUGUUUAUUGUGAGUGUUUAUUAUAGUAGUAAUCAUUGUUGUUUUUAGCUAUAGUUGUUUUUGUAGUUGUUGUUUGUUGCCAUAGUUGUUGUUUGUGGUUUAUUAUUCUUAGCUGUGUUUGUAGUUUUCAUCACAGCUGUCUUUAUUGUAGUUUGGUGGUUGUUUUGUUGUAGUUUGGGUGUUGUUUUGGUGUAGUCUGGUUGUUGUUUUGGUGUAGUUUGGUUGUUGUUUGCUGCUUGUGGAGAUGUUUGCUGCGGUCGCUCUGGGCUCGCUGGUGCCCACCCUGCUCCUGCUGUUGCUGUCCCGCCUGCUGUGGGGGCUGAGGUGGAGCUCAACGCGGGACAGAAGCUCCAUGCUGCCCCUGCCCCACGGCUCCAUGGGCUGGCCACUGGUGGGAGAGACGCUGCACUGGCUACUGCAGGGCUCGGGCUUCCACAUCUCGCGGAGGCAGAAACACGGGAAUGUGUUUAAGACGCACCUGCUGGGGAAGCCCGUUAUCCGCGUGACCGGCGCCGAGCACGUGCGGAAGAUCCUCCUGGGCGAGCACACGCUGGUGAGCACGCAGUGGCCGCAGAGCACGCGCAUCAUCCUGGGGCCGCACGCGCUGGUGAACGCCACUGGAGAGCUGCAUCGGAGGAAGCGGAAAAUCCUGACCUCAGUGUUUAGCCGUGAUGCUCUGGAGACCUACCUGUCACGCCUGCAGGACGUGGUGAAGUGCGCUGUGGCGCAGUGGUGCUCAGAGCCGGGUUCAGUAGAUGCUUACGAUGCCACCAGGUCUCUCACCUUCCGAGUGGCCAUGAGAGCCCUGCUGGGACUGCGGCUGGAGGAGCAGCGCCUCGUCAACCUCUCCAAAACUUUCGAGGAGCUCAUGAACAACCUGUUCUCCCUGCCUGUGGAUGCUCCACUCAGCGGACUGCGGAAGGGGAAAAAAGCACGGGAUGUUCUGCACGCUGCCAUGGAGAGUAUAAUCGAGGAGAAACUGAAAAGGCAGCAAGGUGUGGACGAAUACUGCGAUGCUUUUGACUACAUGCUGAGCGGCGCACUGGAGAACGGCUACAAUCUGACCAUGCAGGAGCUCAAGGAAAGGGCUGUGGAGCUGAUCUUCGCCGCUCACUCCACCACAGCCAGCGCAGCCACCUCGCUCAUCCUGCAGCUCAUGCGCCAUCCGGACGUGGUGGAUCGCUUGCGGGCCGAGCUGGAGUCAGAGGGUUUGAUGUCGGAGGCACGGGUCUCCUGCCGGUCUCGUUGUGGGGAGGGGAAUUGUGCCCACCCAAAGUCUGAAAAGUGUGUGGACGAGGGAGAGGCGUGUCCUGAGUUCAGAACCAAACCCCAGCUUGAUAAAACACCCUGUUCAGAGGAAGGUCAUCGCUCCCAAACACACGUGCCCUACCUGAGUCUGGAGAAGCUCAAUCAGCUGGGCUACCUGGACUGUGUGGUGAAGGAGGUGCUCAGAUAUCUCCCGCCAGUGUCUGGGGGAUACAGGACGGUGCUUCAAACAUUUGAACUGGACGGUUACCAGAUCCCAAAGGGCUGGAGCGUCAUGUACAGCAUCCGCGACACACACGAGACCUCGGCCGCAUACCAGAACCCGGAGCUCUUCGACCCGGACCGCUUCAGCGCCGAGCGGGACGAGAGCAAGUCCAGUCGCUUCAGCUACGUUCCGUUUGGUGGCGGGGUUCGGCUCUGCGUCGGCCGGGAGCUGGCCAUGCUGGUGCUGAAAACCCUGUGUUUGGAGCUUCUGGCCACUGCGGAUUUCACACUGGCCACAGAGACGUAUCCCAGAAUGCAGACGGUGCCAAUCGUCCACCCGGUCAACGGACUGCACGUGAAGUUCAGCUACAGAAAUCACGUGGGCGGGAGGAACCGCAGGGAAUCCACGCAUCUGUAGAGGAAGAGAGGAAACAGACAAGACGUUGGACGUUAUUGUAGACGGGACUCUCCAGAAGCCGAAUGCAGAGAGAUGAUUUUGAAGCUUAGGGAUCUAUUGUGAGUUAUUGUCAUCUUUAAUCAACCUGUGAAGCAACAACUGACCCUCUUUUUAUAUUUCGCUACUUGUUACAGUUCGCAUAUUCCAGCCAGGGAAGGGGAGGGGCAGUUUCCAGGGUACUUUAAAUAGAUAGUUGGGAUGUAGGAUGGGAUAUAGUGGUAUACACAGAGGUUUGGACCUCAUAGAUUGGUUAAGAGAUCAGUUCAAAGGUAGAACUUAGGUAGACUAAAGGCACUGCCACACUACCUACGUCUACAUCAGCAGCCAGAGUCAGAGAGAGCACAACUGACAUUGCUCUCUCUGGGUGGGUAGAUCACUCCCAGGGUGAUGUUAUUGCAUUGGUUAUCCAGUAAUGCUGCAUCAACCGCAGUUUGAAAAAGAGUAGGAAGUAGUUGGGCUGGGUAAUUGGCCUUCCAAAUUAUGGAGAAAAUGGGAUAAAAUUUAGAAGAAGAAUAAAAGGAAAGCAACAAAACAAAAGACUAACAUUGUUUUUAUUUUACUUUCAGUUAGUUAGAACAGACAGAGUUUUCAAACUAGUAUUUUGUAGCGCCCCCUUGAGGUAGUUGGUACUAUGCAGUAUCUCAUAGUGUGUAAACAUUGUUUAGCAUGUUUAAUGUGUUCCUGCACACAUAGCAAAAAACAACACCAUCCGUCACAUCAGCAUCAUCAUCUAAUCGACCAUGAUUUCAUGAUAUUCUAUAAGAUGGAAAGAAUCCAGAAUAUCGGAAACACUUUUAGUUUAGUUUCACUUGUUUCUUGACUCAGUGGGGAUUUUGUAAAUUGGAUUUCUCAGUAAAUUAUUCUCUCUAUUUCUAAGUAACCCCUGGGUGAUCGUAGCUCUAGCAGGUCCUGCAGCAUUAGAAUGCUAGUUAUCUUCAUGAACAUGUAUGCACUUCUAUAACCCUAGGUAGAAAAAAAGCUUCACACCUUUUAUAGGCCACAUCUAUCGCAAAAGUUCCUAAUUGCUCCUCUCUGGACAUUUAGUGCACUAUUCAUGUGCCCUACUUUUUGUAUUACACCGUAUAGGAAACAGGGGGCCAUUUGAGAUUCAGCCAUUGAUGUCCCCUCUAUUACAUUUAUGUAAUAUAUCAACAAAUGUGCUUUUGUUCGUCAAAUGAAGUAAUUUUAAAUAAGCUCUAUUUAUAUUUCAUUUUAAUGCAAAACGAUCCAUGAGUAAAAAAAAAUAAAGACAAAAAAAUGUAGUUACUAGAAUUUAUAUUUUAAUAAGGAUCAGCUAUCUCUUCAUGUAUCUUUAUGUUGACUCGUUAAUGUGCACCCUAGUAGGUAUAAAUGUGGUACUGCUUCAUACUGUGGGAGCGCCAAUAGCGUUGGUUGGUCAACUGUGUUUAUUCUUAAUGUAAAACUGUGAAUAGGGAUCAUUGUGCCGAAGCUGAUGAUCGCUCUAAAACCAGGGAAGGAAAAACCAGCAGCACUUUUACUUUCUGACUGAGGAAUUUCUUGUAUAUUUGUCUUGUUAAUAACUGUGUAAUUUCUUAGCUUAUGUUCUUACGUAGGUCCACAGACACAUGCUUAAUGUUCUUCACCAUUUUUCAUAUUAUAUCCUGCAUCUCGCUAAGAGCUGUUUUCAGUGUUUGUCCCACUAUGUGACCAAAUCUGUUUAUUAAAAAAAUGCCAUCUG